AUGUCUGAGCUCGUACGAUCGCUCAGCUUCCAAGGCCCCCAAGAAUACUACUCAAGCUUCAUAACCAGACCACAUCUUCAACAUGCGUUCCGCAAUAUCGAUGAGGCUAACAACCUCAAGGCAUAUUUGGCGCUCUUGAAAGAUGCCCAGACCCGCAGCUUUGUGCUGGACUUUGGCAAUGAUGAUGCUUGGUGUGCGGUCAAUCUGGACCAGGAGGAUCUGGCGCUGCUACUGCGCAAGCCAAAACCAAGAUGUUUUGGCACUCGGUGGAUUAACAUCUGGGCUCCCGAGCAACAAAAGGAAUUGAUCAAGACCAUCACAAGCCAUUAUGGCGUCUCGGAACGUCUGCAGGGAAUGAUGUGUACAGACCCAGUAGAACGUCCGUCAAAGUCCGCCGCGCCUGCCGAGCCUCCAAGGAACAACUUGCGCCCAAGAAAUACCGAUCGCGUGCGCCGUUCUCGUCCGGAUGAUGUGGAGGGAAAUGCCCUGCGAGACUUAACAAACCCGGAAGAGAUUGGUGCUGCUGCAUCUUUCAGAGGUCUCACAUUCGCCAAUGUGAUCGACCAGAUAUGGCACUUUUGUUCCGUGGACUAUGGCCCGAAAUACACCUGUGUUGGAUAUAACUCGCUCUUCGUGGUACCUCAUCUCGAUAUGGACAACGGGAAGGAAUUGCCUGCAGGGAAACGAUUAUGGUCCUGGUUGAUCUUGUGUGACGACGGGACUGUUAUUUGCAUGCAAGAAAACCCGUUUCCUGGGCUUUCUGGACCAUCGGAGAAAGUCUUGCAAUCGGUGCUCAAUGUGGUCCGCAGGAACAUGCAGCUCAUCUUCGCGGGCGUUUCUAAACAACACUUUGCCGCGUCCGAAAGUGACUCAUUGGUCACCAUCAGAGUACGGCCAUUUUAUGAAGGUGGCCCAGACCAGGUGAGCAUCAAGCAAGAUGACGGUCCGAGUUUGCUGUUCUAUUAUUUAUUUGACGACUGGGUUUCCUCAUAUGCGCUUGUUGCGCAACGCGAACACAAGUAUGGGGUAUCCCUGAAUAGACUGAGACAGGAUAUGCUGUCGAAACCGGUAGUCGACCUAAUCCAUGAGUUACAUCGGCUGGGAAGGCAGUUGGCAGUUUUGAAGCGUCUCUAUCAAAGCUACGAGCUCAUCAUGAUGCGUAUAUUGCAAAGACAGCGCAUGCUUCGCGACGAGGCCCGAUCGAAUCGUCCUCAAUGGGCAAUUGGGCAAAGUUUCGGAGAAAACGAUGGAGCGGACGCCCACCACUCGACAUCGCGAAGUAGUUUUAGUUUCCCGACCAUUCCAGAUGCCAGCGUAGGCGUCCAGCUCAGCCCGCCUGCCGUGGCUCGAUUCGAGAGAUUGCUGGAUCGAAUCAAGCUAUACUGUCUGUCCGAGAUUGAUAGCUGUCUGACAGAAAAGGAGAAUCUCACUUUUCUGAACUUUAACUUGAUUGCUCUUAAAGAUUCACAAGCCGUGGAGAAACUAACGAGGAUUACAAUCCUCCUGGCAAAAGUGACGAUUCUAUUUUUACCCGUCAGUCUGAUGACCGGCUAUUUCUCAACGGAACUUCGCAACGUCAAGGGUGAAUAUACGAUCAAUCAAUACUGGGUCAGCUUUGGGGUGAUUAUGUUUCUGUCAGCGGUCUUGCUCUGGAUUUUCGGAUACGCCAGCGACACCGUGGAGGGCAAGACGAUCUACCAAUCAUUGUCCCGAAGCUUCUUCCGGAUGUCAAGAGACAAGGUCUCCCACCACAGAAACGAGGCAUCGGGCGGCGCAAGCCAUUGA